UUAACGCGCGCGCGCACGCGGCAGUAACGACGAACGACGAUAACGACGACGACAACAAAGAGACUCUCGCUCUCAGGGUCCCGUUCGAGAGGAUAACUUUUUGUUAAAAUGUAAUUGAAACCAUUUACGUGUUGAUUUAUUAGUGAAAAUACAAUCUUAUUGCAUUCUCGUUUUUUAACCAACAAACUAAUACAUAUUUCAUUUUUAAGUAGUUUAAGUAUACAAGUGCUUCUCUCUUUUUAGACAAUUUGGACCAUUUGGAAAUUUCAUACAAAACUGUGAGUUUAUGUUUGUGAAGAGUAUAUUAGGAUUAAACUUUUAACGAAUCACGAUUUUGUAAAUGAAGCUCAAUUUCAUUUCAUUAAAAUUGAACGGUGAAACUCGAUAAUAGUUUAUACAUCAUGAGGAAAAUAACGACUCUACGGAUUGUGUGUUUUCUACUACUUGUGAUCGACUAUAACAGCGCCGAAAUUGAAUCUGAGACUGAAGGGUCAAACAAUGACUCCGUUAUUGUUGAAGCCUUAGCGAAUGGCCCGGCGAAUCCACUAUCGAAGUCGCGGCGUACUUACCGUCAACUUUUUGGUCAACGCGGCCACUGUCUUACGUCUGUAGGGAAAUGCACAACCUUCAAAGAAUGCUAUCCGUACUUCAAAAUUCCGGACCUUGGUGCCCUAGAUGGUUGGGUCCUUGGCAUUUACGAUACUUGCAGCUACACCAAAGACGAUGGCAGACUAAGUUUUGGUAUUUGUUGUGCCGAUCCGCCCAUAUUGCCACCAAUCAGUGAACCAGGUCGACCUAUCGUCGAGGCGCCCGACGAACAAAGCGAUAAGGAAAGCGGUACUCGGAUUCCUGGUGAAAGUGCGUGGCCGCCACCCUUACCUACUCAUCCUCCGUACCAUACGAUUCCUCCUUUGCCGACUCAUCCACCAGGACACGGAUAUCCGGUCGCAACACCAAUUACCAAACCACCGAAAACUUCGGAAUCGCCUGGAGCUUCAACUAGCCAGCGACCUGCGACCACCUGGCCGACGAAGAAGCCCAGUAGAUUCCCUUCGAUUGGAGCUCCGACAAGACCUCCUGUAGAUUUCAUAUCUAUAACAUCCACACAGUCUACGCAUGCCUUCUCGACAACGAAUGGUACACCGCCCAGUCAACAUCCAACUUCAUCCUCACCCACGAACUCCGGUUGCGGUGCCAAAAAUGGUGACCAGGACGCCGAGAGGAUCGUCGGUGGUCUUACGACACAACUUGGCGAAUGGCCUUGGAUCGCUGGCCUCUUCAAUGCCGGCCGCCAUAUCUGUGGUGGCUCGCUUAUCGACAAUAAACACAUCCUCACCGCAGCCCAUUGCGUCGCUCAAAUGAAUUCCUGGGAUGUGGCACGCUUAACAGUCCGACUCGGUGAUUACGAUAUUAAAACACCUCUCGAAGUUCGCCACAUUGAAAAACGCGUUAAACGCGUGGUGCGGCAUCGGGGCUUCGAUAUGCGCACCCUUUACAACGAUGUUGCAAUUCUUACCCUAAACGAACCAAUUGAAUUCAGUGAAACAGUGCGUCCGGUCUGCCUUCCUUCCGGUGCCAAUCUUUAUGUUGGCAAAAAAGCAACCGUCAUUGGAUGGGGUUCGCUUAGAGAGGGUGGUCCAGCGCCAGGUAAACUGCAACAAGUGAAUAUUCCAAUUUGGUCAAAUGCUGUUUGUAAACAGAAGUAUGGCGGUGCUGCGCCUGGUGGAAUUGUUGAAAGUUUUCUCUGUGCAGGAGAAGCUAGUAGAGACUCUUGUUCCGGUGACAGCGGAGGUCCCUUAAUGGUGAAUGAUGGCCGAUGGACCCAAGUGGGCAUUGUAAGUUGGGGGAUAGGCUGCGGUAAGGGUCAAUAUCCCGGUGUUUACACUCGUGUCACUCACUUUUUACCCUGGAUAUACAAAAAUCUUAAAUAAUGAGAUCUAAAAAAAAAUUAUGUGCAACAAUUUCCCAUUCCAUUAAUAAUCACUCUUCCCACCUCAC